AUGGGACGUUUCAACCUGGGCUUCCGCGAGCACACUGACCAACGUGGCCUCAAAUCCGGACGUUUGGACUCGGGUGUGGCCAGAUGCGGCAGCUGGGAGGUGUCCAGAGCUUCCUCCCGCCCGUGCGGGGUUGAACUGCCUAGGUGUUUUAAGGGGCAAUCAGUGGAUUCAGGAAGCAGUAGGAGCUUGGAGAAUACAAUAAAUAAUCUUGUUCCAAAGAUAAACAGCAACAAAAUGUCCACUUUAGCAAACCCGCCCAGCAUCCUGGAAAUGCCACAAGAGAUUAAGAAAAGCUGUGGAGACAAACAGGUAGAAAUCACAGUUGAAAGAAUAAAAGUGGCAAAGAGUCUCAAAGAAAAACAAAGCAAUGAUUUAGAGAAAGUGGCCUUUAAACGGAAGGCAGAAGGUGACGAAAAGCCAGCUGGAAAGAAAGAGGCAAAAAUAAUAGAACUUGACAAUCUGUUGAUCACCAUGCCCCUGCCUCAUAUACCCUUAAAGAAUAUCAUGGAUGUGGAGGUGAAGUUGGUCUACGUUGAUGAAGAGAACGUGAGCUAUGAGUUUGUAGAAUCCUACCCGUCCACUGGGAAUCAGCCAACAUGCCGAGCUGCUGAAAUAGUGGACCCUUUGCGUGGACCUAAUUUCAGCGUUCUGCCUCAGAUUGACAAAUGGCUUCAGGUAGCCUUAAAGGAUGCCAGUUCUUGCUACAGACAGAAGAAAUAUGCUGUGGCAGCAGGACAGUUCAGAACAGCACUGGAGCUUUGCAGCAAAGGGGCGGUUCUGGGAAAACCAUUUGAAGCAUCUGCUGAAGAUAUAGCUAGUGUGGCAAGUUUCAUUGAGACAAAGCUUGUUGCAUGCUAUCUGCGAAUGAGGAAACCUGACCUUGCCCUGAAUCAUGCUCACAGGAGCAUUGUUUUAAACCCUGCCUAUUUCCGAAAUCAUCUUCGUCAGGCAACAGUGUUUAGAUGUCUGGAGAGAUAUUCAGAAGCUGCCCGGAGUGCCAUGAUUGCUGACUACAUGUUCUGGCUCUGUGGAGGAAGCGAACAUGGUAUAAGCAAGCUCAUCAAACUGUAUUGGCAGGCCAUGAUUGAGGAAGCCAUCACCAGAGCGGAAUCUUUCUCAGUUAUGUACACACCAUUUGCAACAAAAAUCAGAGCUGAUAAAAUAGAAAAAGUAAAAGAAGUUUUCACAAAAAUUCAUCCUGCAUACGUGGAGUAUAUUUACACAGACUUUCAAGGACUCCACGUGUUGCCUCAGACAGUUGACUGGUCAUCUUUUCCUCCUCAACAGUAUCUCUUGACUCUCGGGUUCAAAAACAAAGAAGAUGGAAAGUUUUUGGAAAAAGUGUCAAGUAGGAAGUUACCAACAUUUACAGAACAUAAAACUCCCUUCGGUCUGCUGACCAGAGAAGACACAGUGAGACACAUGGAGACAAUGGGGAAGCGAAUCUUGCCAAUAUUGGACUUUAUUAGAGGCACCCAACUGAAUGGGAGUUUUCAUGCGUGCUCAGGUGUGAUGGAGAAGUUGCAAUAUGCCAGCCUUCUCAGCCGGCUGCAGAGAGUAAAGGAACAGUCCCAGGUGAUCAAUCAAGCAAUGGCCGAGCUAGCAACCAUUCCCUAUCUACAGGACAUCAGUCAACAGGAGGCGGAAUUACUACAGUCACUAAUGGCAGACGCCAUGGACACCCUUGAAGGAAGAAGAAACGAUAAAGAACGUGUGUGGAAUACAAUUCUAAAGGUUGGACGAAUUGAAGAUUUUCUAUACCAAUUAGAGGAUAGUUUCUUAAAAACUAAAAAACUGAGAACUGCUCGAAGGCAAAAAACAAAGAUGAAGCGGCUUCAAACUGCACAGCAAAGCUAG